AUGUCUUGGAACGAAGACAUGUUCCCGCCCGGCAUGAACAACAUGCCUGGCAUGCCCGGGUCCCUGGCUUUUCGGCCCGGCCCGCCGCCGCCUCAUCAUGGCCGCCACCACCACGGCCAUGGGCAUCACCACCAUGGCCCUUCCCCUCCUCCUCCUCCUGGCUCUGAUCCCAGGCCUGUUCCUGGUGAUGAGGUCGCCUUGAUCACCGAUGACGUGUCGGCCGAGACCACUGCCGAUGCUACCGCCACGGAUGCCAAGGACAAUGACAACAACGAGAAGGGUACUGACAAAAACAACGGCGACGAUGACACCCGUGAGGGUGGUCGCCGGCGCUGCGGUGGCCGUCACCGCCACCACCAUCACUGGAGCGGACAUCACGCUGACUGGGACGCCUACGCGAGCGCGCCCUUCGGCGGACCUUGGGCUGCCAGCAUCCCUCAUCCUCCUCCUCCUCCUUAUGGUUUUGCCGAUCCACAUGGCCCUCACGGCUUUGGCCCUCACGGCUUUGGCCCUCGUGGUUUCAGAGGUGGUCGUCACGGCCAUCGUCACCACCAUGGCCUCCACGAGGACGGUCCGGGCGGCUUCGGUGAGUUCGGUUUUGGUGGCCCCGGUCACUUUCAUGGACGCGACCAUCACGGUCGCGGUUUCGGCCGCUGGGGCAGGGACGAGUCCGAUGCUGCCACUGCCAUGGGAACCGAGGCCGCCGAGCCCAUGACGACUGCCGAUGCCAAGUUUGGUGAUGAGGAGGGCACGUGUUCCUCGUCUUCGUCCUCAAGCAGCGAGAGCGAGAGUGAGGAGGACAUCACCAAGACCGAGAAGGACGACUCUCCUUCCACGGUCCGUGGCGACACCCCCGCCGCAGGAGCUGCUGCGGGUGCUCCUUCUGGCCCCGCUGCUGAUGCUGCUUCUGCCAACGCCCUUGGUGAGCAGCCCACCCCCGAUAACUGUUCCGGCCGCCGUGGUGGUCGCUGCGGUGGUGGUUGGCGCGGCUGGCGCGGCUGGCGCGGUCCCCCUUGCUGCGAGAGCUGCGAGGGAGCCCGCUCGGCUUGUCGUGCUGCUCGUCAUGCUCGCCAUGCUGCGCGUGCCGCCGCAUACGCUGCUCGCUCUGGCGAAGAGGGCACUGCCCCUGCCGACCAUGCCGGGCCUGGUGUUCCCGGUGACAAUGAGGAUGAGGGUGACCGUCCUCGUGGCUGCCGCAGAGGCCGUCAUGGCGGCUGUCAUGGCGGCCGUCGCGGUGCUCACGGCCAUGACUUCCACGGCCACCACGGCCCUGGCCCCUUUGCCCGUGGCGACUUCUUUGGUGCAGGCAUCGGUCCCGGUGGCCCUUACUUCCACCACCAUCGCUUUGGCCCUCCUGGCCCGCAUGGUGGCCCUCACGGUCACCACGGUCGUCGCGGCGGCCGUCAUGGCGGUGGUCCCUCUGGUCUGGGUGGCCCCGGUGGACCUUUCGGUCCUGCCGGUCCCUUCGGUCCUAACGGUCCCUUUGGCCCGGAGGGCCCCAUCGGCCGCCACUUUGGCCCCGACGGCAUCGGUCGCCGUAGCUUCGGCCCCAUGAUGGCUGCCCUGUCCAACCAUCCCUUGGCCCGUAAUUUGCGAGAGAUGAGCCGCACCUACUUUGGAGACACCAGUGGCGCCCGUGAUGCUACCCCGGUUGCCGAUGCCAUUGGAACCGCCGGUGACGAUGACGCCGCAGAUUAUUUUGUCCCACCCGUCGAUAUCUUUGUCGACGACAAUCGAGGCGGUUGGAUUUUGCACGUCGCGUUGCCCGGUGCCAACAAGGAGGACAUCGACGUCCAGUGGGAUGCUGACCGUGGCGUGCUAACCAUUGCCGGCGUUGUCGUCCGCCCCGGCAACGAGGCCUUUUUGGAAGGUCUGAUCAACGCGGAGCGCCACGUCGGCCUGUUCCAGCGUGAGGUGAAUCUGCCACCCUUUGGCAAUCAGACGACCUCGAACAACAGCGACGCACCCGCCAAGCAGGAGGUUGAUGCUGCAGGCAUCACGGCACGAAUGGAGAACGGCGUGCUGAUUGUCGUUGUGCCGACGGUCGACAAGGAGUGGACCGAGGUGCAGAAGGUGGACAUUGAGUAG